AGAUUAGAGUGUCCUAAUUUUCGGAAAAUGUUCUCUGUGACUCGAACCAAGAAAAAGGAAAAUCAAAUUUACCCUGCCCUAGUCCCCCUUACCCCUCUCUCUCCUGAACCCCAGAGUGAAACCCCUCAAAACCCCUCGGCUCGUCUCUCCGGCGACUACUACAGUACCACACCCAGCGAGGUUUUGAGCCUCGCUUCGCCUCUCUCUCUCUCUCCCUCCCUCUGUCACUCACUCUCAACUGAAGCGGUUGGAGAUGCUCUAAGGCCUAAACCCUCACCCGGACAAGUACCCCGCUUUCCUGUCCCCCCUUUCCGCUAAGUUCACUGCUCAAAUCGGUGGUCAAUACCUGCAAAAUAUCUCUGAACAGGGUUCUAGCACCAUGCCGAAUUGUCUCUACUAGGUCUGCUUCAAAUAGGGUUCUGUUCCGAGCCAACUCGUACAACCGGCCACCACUCUUCGCACGCAAUCAUGACCAUUGGCCAAACACCAUCUCCGGGUGACAAUGCAUCUUCCUCCUCAGCUGCCACCACUGCCAACCCUCCUCCACCCGCCCAGCCUUCAAUCACAGAUGAAUUACGGAGCUUUCAUACCGAACUCAUAGACAUUCGUACGGAUAUUGCGACCUUUGCUGAGCUGCAGGCCACCUUUGCUGAGCACCUUAAGGGUAACUUUUCUGAAUUUAACUCCUUAUUGCAAGGUAUGCUUGAGACAUCAGCUCCCAACGUCACACACUCUCUGGACAACCAAUCUGAUAUCCAACCACCCCCUCAAAUACCCAUUCAAUGGCCGUCUGAUUCUCUAACCCAAAAUUGGGUGAUAUCCCUUAUGGAAACCUUUGAUUGGGCAUCAAAAAAUAUACCCGCUUCGGAAUUUCCUACACUACUCCCCGUAGAAGUGUUUGAUGAAUUGGUGCGUUGUGCUUCUGAAAUCCUUAUGGAAGAGCCUAAUGUUAUUCGAGUUGACGGGUUGGACACCAAUUCGGAGGUUGUGGUGGUCGGUGACAUACACGGGCAGUUGCAUGACCUCAUCUUCUUGCUACACGAUGCGGGAUUUCUGGCAGACAACAAAGUGUUUGUAUUUAAUGGUGACUAUGUCGAUAGAGGGGCUUGGGGUCUUGAGACUUUCCUUCUCUUAUUGGCAUGGAAGGUUUCUAUGCCCAAGAAGGUCUAUCUUCUUCGAGGUAAUCAUGAAUCGAAGUACUGCACUUCGAAUUAUGGAUUCAAGAACGAAGUGGAGGCCAAAUAUGGGGAUAAAGGAGAGGAUGUCUACGGGAAAUGCUUAAAUUGUUUUAAAUGUCUUCCUCUAGCCUCUGUUAUUGGAGGACACGUAUACACCGCACAUGGAGGGCUUUUUCGCUCUAUAGCCACUACCAGAACUAGAGGAAAGAAGAGAAAGAAGACUUCUUUAGUUCUUGGGUCAUUGGACGACUUAUCAAAGGCAAAAAGGGAAUUGGUCAAUCCAGAGGAAAGUUCCAACUUAAUUCUGGGUGAUGUCCUGUGGUCAGACCCGGCAAUGAGCCUUGGCCUUUCUCCAAAUACAGAGCGAGGAGUCGGUCUAUUAUGGGGCCCGGACUGCACAGAAGAAUUCCUAAAGAAAUCUAACCUAAAGUUAAUAAUCAGAUCACAUGAAGGUCCGGAUGCAAGAGAAAAGCGGACUGGUCUAGAAGGGAUGGAUGAAGGGUACACAAUAGAUCAUGUCGUGGAGUCCGGGAAAUUGAUUACCGUGUUUAGCGCUCCUGACUAUCCCCAGUUCCAGGCACCAGCAGAAAAACGGUACAACAAUAAAGGCGCAUACAUUGUUCUAGAACCCCCUCAUUUUGAUUGUCCAGUGUUUCACAGUUUUGGAGCAGUUACUCCAAGACCUGAGGCAAAUCCUUACUAUGACUAUGUGAAUGUGCCCGACUCCGAUGAAGAUUUGGACUUGAAUGUGCCAGACUCCGAUGAAGAUUUGGACUUGACGUCAAUGGUGUCAUAAUCUUCGUGAAAGAGUUAAUUGAGAUAGAUAGGAGGGCAGAAUGAGUGCCAUUUUGAGAAUUUCUUUCCGUUGCGCAACCUCAGACACGAGAUCUUGAAGCUGCAGGAUUACUAAGGUGGAUAGCAAGGACAUUCAUCAGGCACAGUCUCCAGUUGUAUGGGAACAACACCUUUUGUAUCGAGCUAGUGCAGAUGUUUCAUUUACAGUAUAGCUUUAUUUCCUUUGUGUUGUUUAUCCUUGUAAACUGUUUUAUUUUUCAAUGAAGUUCUUACCACUGAAAAAAAGGAGAAUGAAUAUUUGGGGGACAGAAAAGUGAUGAUAAAUGGGCCAACCACAGUUAGCAUA